ACCAUUGUGUUGUUUAGGUUGCGAAGCAACGAGAAGUUCGUAGGAGGAAAAAGCUUGAGAAGGAAAUCAGGCAAAUGCAGAAGCACAGCAAGAAGCCGAAAGCCGGUUGAUGAGCUGACAUUGGAUGUCAAGUCUGCAAAGAAUAUAGGUGAGCGAUACCGUGAACCGACAGUUUUGACUGAGGAUCAGAUAGAUGAUAGAGCAGUUUCCUUUAAGCAGUACACUCGUAGUCGCAACGUGCUGCAAAAGAUGGACGACACAUGGGUUCGGGAAGCCCUCAGAGCCCAAAGAAAAGCCUUGCGAGAGUUGAAACUUAUCGAUCCAUUACUGUAUGAA